AACCAGGGAGAAAGCUAUGUAUAUCAAAAUGUCUGCAGCCUGACAACUAUCACGCAAAACAUGUCUAUUUCAAACCUUUUUAGUGGUUUGUAAUCGUAAAGCAUGCAGCUGAAGUAUCUGAAGACCCUUUUAACUCCUCAGGAUGGAGCUGCUAAAGUCACCUGUAUGGCCUGGGCUCCAAACAAUGCAAAGUUUGCAGUGUGCACUAUUGAUAGAGUUGUUAUACUGUAUGAUGAGCAGGGAGAGAAACGAGACAGAUUCACUACAAAACCUGCAGACCCAAAAUACGGAAAGAAAACAUACAUGGUCAAGUCCAUUGCAUUUUCUCCAGAUUCAACCAAAAUAGCAGUUGCCCAAACAGACAACAUCAUAUUUAUUUACAAAAUUGGAGAGGAAUGGGGAGAUAAAAAGGUUAUUUGCAACAAAUUUAUACAAACAAGUGCAGUUACGUGUUUGGUGUGGCCAUCUGAACAUCUGAUAAUAUUUGGGCUAGCGGAAGGAAAAGUUCGACAAGCCAAUACAAAGACAAGCAAGUCCUCUACGAUCUAUGGAACAGACUCUUAUGUUGUCUCGCUAGCCACAAAUGUCUCAGGAAAAGGAAUCCUUUCAGGCCACGCGGACGGUACGGUUGUACGCUACUUCUUUGAUGAUGAAGGAUCUGGAGAAUCUCAGGGCAAACUGUUGACUCAUGCAUGCCCACCGUACGCCCUGGCAUGGGGUACCAACAGCAUCAUUGUGGCCGGAUGUGAUAAGAAGAUCGUAGCCUAUGGCAGAGAGGGCCAUAUCCUACAGACGUUCGACUACAGUCGAGAUCGCUCGGAGAAAGAAUUCACAGUAGCAGCUGCGAGCCCCAGCGGUCAAUCCAUAGUCGUAGGAAGCUAUGACAGAUUGAGAAUUUUCAACUGGAGUCCGCGAAAAGCCAACUGGGAUGAAGCUUCUCCCAAAGAGAUUCCCAACCUGUACACCAUCACAGCUCUAGCCUGGAAGAAAGAUGGCUCUCGACUCUCUGUUGGUACGCUCUGUGGAGGAGUCGAGCUGUUCGACUGCUGCCUCCGUAGGAGUAUUUACAAGAACAAAUUUGAAAUGACAUACGUUGGACUGAGUCAGGUGAUUGUUAAGAAUUUAUCUACUGGCACACGAGUGGUGUUGAAGUCUCAGUACGGCUAUGAGAUAGAUGAGGUUAAAGUCAUGGGGAAGGAUCGAUAUAUAGUGGCUCAUACCUCUGACACGCUCCUGCUGGGAGAUCUCGUGUCCAACAAGCUAAGCGAGGUGGCGUGGCAGGGCUCCGGGGGAAAUGAGAAAUUUUUCUUUGAAAAUGAUACGGUGUGCAUGAUUUUCAAUGCUGGAGAGUUGGCGCUGGUGGAGUAUGGGAGCAAUGAUGUCCUGGGAUCUGUUCGGACGGAGUUUAUGAAUCCUCAUCUUAUCAGUGUGCGUCUGAAUGAGAGAAAACAGAGAGGAGUGGAGGACAACAAAAAGUUGGCGUACCUGAUAGACAUCAAAACUAUUGCUAUCAUGGACCUUGUUGGUGGAUACAACUUGGGCACCAUUAGCCAUGACUCCAAGAUUGACUGGCUGGAAUUGAACGAAACAGGACGGAAAUUACUCUUUAGGGACAAGAAACUGAGGCUCCACCUGUAUGACAUCCAGAGUAGUUUGAAGAGCACCAUGUUGAGUUUCUGUCCGUACGUUCAAUGGGUCCCAGGCAGUGAUGUAGUUGUGGCUCAAAACAGAGGAAACAUGUGUGUUUGGUACACCAUUGACAGCCCUGAGAGGGUCACAAUGUUUCCUCUCAAGGGGGAUAUUGUAGACCUGGAGCGAUCCAAUGGUAAAACUGAAGUCAUUGUGACUGAAGGGGUUAACUCUGUCUCCUACACUUUGGAUGAGGGGCUGAUUGAAUUCGGUACAGCCAUCGAUGACGGGGACUAUUACAGGGCCACGGCAUUUCUGGAGACCCUGGAGAUGUCCGCCGAGACGGAGGCCAUGUGGAAGACCCUGAGCAAACUCUCUUUGGAGGCCCGACAGCUCCACAUCGCUGAAAGGUGUUUCGCAGCUUUUGGGGAUAUCUCCAAAGUCAGAUUCCUAAAUGAGACCAACAAGAUUGCGGAUGCAGUCUCAAAGGAAUAUGGUGGUGAUGGUACAGACCAUUACCAAGUGAAAGCGAGGCUGGCAGUGCUGGAUAAGAACUUUAAGCUUGCUGAGAUGUAUUACAUGGAACAGAACGCAGUCGAUGAAGUAAUGGAAAUGUAUCAAGAGCUCCACAUGUGGGAUGAAUGUAUUGCUGUGGCUGAAACAAAGGGCCAUCCAGAGUUGGACAAUUUGAGACGGAGCUAUUAUGCCUACCUGAUGGAGACGAACCAGAACGAGAAAGCCGCAGAGGUGAAAGAAAGUGAGGGAGAUGUCGCGGGGGCCGUUAACCUCUACCUGAAAGCAGGACUUCCUGCCAAAGCCGCCUGGCUGGCCAUGAGCAGAGAUGAGCUCCUAUCAAACCAUGACAUCAUGAGCCGCAUCACUGCCGCACUCAUUAAAGGAGAGUUCUAUGAGAGGGCAGGUGACCUGUUUGAGAGGAUAAGAAAUAAUCAAAGAGCCCUAGAUUGCUACAGGAAGGGGAAUGCUUUUAAGAAAGCUGUGGAUCUGGCUCGUGUUGCAUUUCCCGCUGAAGUUGUUAAGCUGGAGGAAACGUGGGGUGAUUAUCUAGUGCAACAGAAGCAAAUGGAUGCUGCUAUCAACCAUUACAUAGAAGCCGGGCGCUCCACCAAGGCCAUAGAGGCGGCGAUCGCAGCACGUCAGUGGAAAAAAGCAUUGCACAUACUGGAGCUACAGGAAGACAAGACUGCUGCCAUGUAUUAUCUAAAGAUCGCACAGCACUUUGCCUCUGUACAAGAGUUUGAGGUGGCAGAGCGCCUGUUCGUGAAAAGUGAUCAUAUCAAAGAUGCUAUUGAUAUGUACACACAGGCUGGGCGAUGGGAGGAAGCUCAUAAGCUUGCAGUAAAGUGUAUGACACAAGGGGACGUGUCUGCCCUUUAUAUCAGCAAAGCUCAAGAAUUAGAGAAAGAGGGCAAGUUCAAAGAAGCUGAAAGGCUCUUUACCACCGUAGAUGAACCAGACCUGGCCAUCACCAUGUACAAGAAUAAAAAAAUGUACGACGACAUGAUCCGCCUUGUUGCCAUACAUCACAAAGACCUGCUGCAGGAAACACACGUUCACCUGGCCAAGGAGCUGGAAUCCGAAUCCAGGUUUCAGGAGGCCGAAUAUCACUACCUAGAGGGUCAGGAUUGGAAAGACGCUGUAAAUAUGUACAGAGUCAACGAUAUGUGGGAGGAAUCUUAUCGGAUAGCCAAAAGUCAUGGAGGAGCCAGUGCCCAUAAGCAGGUGGCGUUCCUGUGGGCAAAGAGUCUUGGAGGGGAGGCUGCAGUUAAACUACUCAACAAGUUUGGCUUGCUGGAAACCGCCAUUGACUUUGCGACUGAUAACUACUCAUUCGACUUUGCAUUUGAAUUGGCUCGACUUUCCAUGAAUCAGAAGACUCCUGAUAUCCAUCUAAAAAAUGCAAUGUACCUUGAGGACCAGGGAAAGUUCAGUGAAGCUGAGACAGAGUUUAUAAAAGCUGGGAAACCUAAGGAGGCGGUACUUAUGCAUGUUCAUAACAAAGACUGGAGUAACGCUCAGAGGAUUGCUGAAGCUCAUGAUCCAGACAGUGUGGCCGAUAUUCUAGUGAGCCAGGCCAAGUUCUGCUUCGACCAGAAGGAAUUUCAAAAAGCAGAGGCCUUCCUGCUCAGAGCUCAAAGACCUGAGCUUGCCAUUAAGUACUACAAAGAUGCUGAGAUGUGGACCGAUGCAAUGCGAAUCUGUAAAGACUAUUUGCCCAGCAAACUGAGCAUCCUUCAAAAAGAAUACGAGAGCGAGGGGAACUGGGGUGUGGAGGGUAUGGUCGAGCAAGCUCAGGAAUGGGAACAGACGGGUGAGUACGCCCGAGCCGUGGACUGCUAUCUUAAAGUGAAGGACUCUUCUAAUAUGGACUUGCUGUUGAAGUGUUGGAUGAAGGCAGCAGAACUGGCUAUUAAAUUUUUAUCCCAUGAAAAGGCUGUAGAAGUUAGUCAGGUUGUGGGACCACGCCUCAUCCAGCUCAAAAAGUACAACGAGGCUGCUGAGCUCUACCUCAACCUGGACCUCAUUAAGAACGCCAUAGACGCAUUCAUUGAGGGGGAAGAAUGGAACAAAGCCAAGAGAGUGGCCAAGGAGCUCGAUCCAAGGUUAGAGGUAUAUGUGGACAAACGUUACAAAGACCACCUGAAAAAUCAAGGCAAAGUCGACUCUUUGGUGGGAGUAGAUGUGAUGGCUGCCCUGGACAUGUAUGCCGAAAGAGGCCAAUGGGAGAAAUGCAUCGACACGGCUUCAAAACAGAAUUUUAAGGUGUUGCACAAGUAUAUCGCCCUAUAUGCCACUCACCUGAUAAAAGAGGGCCAGGCAGAAAAAGUGCUCAACCUGUACGCCCAGCACGGUGUGCCGGCUAAUUCACAGAAUUUCAACAUCUACAAGCGGAUGUUUCUUGAGUUAGUGAGCCUUAGGGACAGGGAUUGCGCGGAAGCUUAUCGGAUGUGGGCCAGUCUGAGGGACGUCGUCCUCCUGCUGUGUGAAAACCUGACCAGAUCUUCAGAGGCUAAUUCGCCAGCCCAUGAGGAAUUUGAACAGAUGCUCCAGGUCGCUCACUAUUGCGCCACCCGCUCUGCAGCCAGAGGCAUUGACCAGCUGAGUCCUGUGGCUGCCAAGCUGUCCAUCUCUCUCCUGAGGCACACCGAGCUCAUUCCGGCCGACAAGGCUUUUUAUGAAGCCGGCCUGGCUGCCAAGGCUGUUGGUUGGGAGAACAUGGCUUUUAUCUUUCUGAACCGCUUCUUGGAUUUGGCUGAUGGUAUUGAUGAAGGCACGUUGGAUGCUCUGGAUCACACAGACUUCCAGGACACAGAUAUUCCAUUUGAGGUUCCAGUACCUUCAAAGCUGCAUGUCACAGUAGAGAAGAGGGAGGAGAUUAGAGAAUGGGUUCUCACUGUUUCAAUGGACCAGCGGGUGGAGCAGGUGCUCCCCAAAGAUGAGCGGGACACGUACGAAGCCUCCUUAGUAGCGAUCGGCACUGGUAUACGGUCCCUACCUUGUAUCAUCACAGGUUACCCGGUUCUGCGCAAUAAAAUUGAUUUUAAAAGACCAGGGAUGGCAGCAAAUAAGGAUGACUGGAAUAAAUUCCUGAUGGCUACAAAGACCACUCACAGCCCAGAAUGUCAGGAUGUGCUGAAAUUUAUCUCGCAGUGGUGCGGCGGUCUUCCGACGGCUGGAUUCUCCUUCCAAUAAGACCGGGGAAGGUCACCAGAGGUCUCCUGAUCCUCUCUUGUAUUGCAGUUUUAAAGGACCGUCGUCUGCCGCACGCGUGUCUCAAACAAACCCAUUCGACACGCAGUGCUCUCCAGAUGGUAAAGCUUUUCAAUCCACCCUUUAUUCUUAAUGCUGACGACACAUGGAUAAAGACACCGUCUACCAGACAACCAGCACCUUCAAUGGCUCGAGAAUAUCAUUGUGUUCAACAAAAGAGACGUCUUCUCAUGAGUUUGUUUUAAUGUUAAGUUUAUUUCACAUACUCAUUACGCACUGUUAACAAAAUGCAAUGGGAUAUACGAUUAGCACAUAUAAUAAACAAUCCAAACCUUACAUUAUUUAUUUAAAAUGAUCUAUUAUUAUCUAUUUGUCCAAGUUUAACUUCAACACUUGAUAUGUGUGAUUUUCAUAAACUAAUGUUCUAAAAAACCAUAUAUGCCACUACAUUUGUUUUUUAUAAAAACAGUAUAUUAUCAAUUACCGUAAAUUGUUACCAAUAAUCAAUCAUAUACUGAUACAAGCAUACAAGAACAGAAUAAAAUGACAAAAGUGCAUAUUUUUGCAAUUUUAUUAAAACCAUCGUACAUUUUUUGCAGACGUUUUUAUCCAAAUCAAAUUUCAAAGCUUAAAACACGAUAUACCUAUAUAUAAUAUUUUCAUUUCUUUUAUAAAAAUGUAUUAUUUUUUAUAUGAUAUUUUAUUUGGCAUCCCACGAAUCCUUUUU